AUGUCCUACUCAAAUCAAUUGCAGACAAACAUCACUGUUGAACUGCAGUAUCAGGGGUUUCUGGAAAUAAUGCUGCUUUCCAUUGUGACUACAGUGCCAUGUUGUGUGUUUCUCUUCAUUAAUGUGACCUUGUUAUUCACCUUGAGGAGUAAACCAGUGUUUUGUGAGACCUCUCGUUACAUUCUGCUGUUUAACCUCCUCCUUGUAGACACUUUACUGAUGGCAGAGGGUCAGUUAAUGUACAUAAUGGCUGCUUGGAAUAUAACAAUGACAUAUCCUGUGUGUGGAUUUCUCAACAUGCUUGCUUAUUACAUAAAUGAAAUCUCUCCUCUCACACUGGUGGUGAUGUGUCUGGAGAGAUUUGUAGCUGUGUGUUACCCACUGAGGCACGCUGCCAUCAUCACCGUCAGAAACACAGGGGUGGCUGUUUGUGUUGUUUGGGUUUUCAGUUCAAUCAGUGUUUUUAUCCAAGUUCUUCUAAUGUUAAAAUUUCCAUUUGCAGAGCUGGAGAGUCUGCAGAUGAGAGAUUUUUGUGGCAAAGACAAAAUGAUGUUUGAUCCAGUAGCUGCUGAUUACGACAAAGCCUACAAUUGUUUUCUGUUUGUAUUAGCUGGUGUGGCAAUCGUUUCCUCCUAUAUUGGUGUGAUGAUAGCAGCCAGGUCGGCCUCCACAGACAAAGCUUCAGCCCGUAAAGCUCGUAAUACACUGCUGCUGCAUCUGGUGCAGCUGGGCCUCAGUCUCUCCUCAACUGUGUACAAUCCAUUGCUUGUCAUUAUCGCUGAAAAUCUAGACGGGCUCAUGUUUUUGCGCAUCCAGAAUAUUAUUUAUAUUUGUACUAUCAUGCUUCCCAGAUGUCUGAGUGCUCUCAUCUAUGGUCUCAGAGACCAGACCAUCAGACCCGUCCUCAUGUACAAUCUCUGCUGUCAGAGAUUCUCACCUUCGUUCUCAGUCGUCCAAACCAAAGCUAAAAUCAGCAAACUUCUGUGCAAAGAGGUGUCAGAGUCAGUCCUGCGCUGCAUUAAUGAACACUUCGAUGCCUUUGAGGCUAAGUUUCAGUCACUCGCAACUUCGCAGGCUGAACUGCAAGCCCGCAUGGCUAGCCAGGAACUAGCUACUGGCGACCUUGACGUCCGCAUAACAACGCUUGAAGUUAAAUACAGUGAACUGGCGGUACGCAACAUCCAGCUUCAUACCAAGGUGCUUGAUCUGGAGGCCCGCUCUUGGAGAAACAACAUAAAAAUUGUGGGGAUACAAGAGGGUGAGGAGGAAGGUAGACCCACUGAAUUCGUCUCCAGACUAAUCCCCAAACUGCUCGGUGGCGCACCCUUUCCGCAUUCCAGUCAAAAUCGACCGGGCGCACCGCUCCCUCCAGCCAAAGCUGGCCACCAGCGCUAG